CAUCCAUCCGCCUUCGAAGACAGCGUAAACGGAUAUCAUUGGCUUUAAAUUAUAUUUUUUUAGCUUCCAGAACGGGUAGUACAGUAGCUAAUUACAGUAGCCAGACCCGUGAUUAAUCUGCAAAAAAUCAGCUUUAGUGGCACAGUUCCGUAGAUUUCCCCGUUCUUCUUCUUGGCUGCCCUGCGCCUCUGGGCUCUCUGUAUCAUUAAUUCGUAAAAAAAGAGCUAAAUUGAUCCCGCCAUCAAUUCCGGUAUCAAAUUAGGAUAUCCGGUUGGUUUUACUUCGAUGGGGUCUGCGUGGAAGUUUUUUUCAUCCCUGUAGAUGAGUUCGCGUCUGUGAUCCACGGGGAGACGGAAAUAGUGCUUUUUUCUGGCUUUUCUUCUCGCAUUCCUGAAUGGGUUGCUUUCCGUGCUUCGGAUCUUCGGAGAACAGACGGGAUAAGAAGGUGGAUGUGGAAGGGGGGAAAGGGGGGUUUAGGAACGAGGCCGCAUCGGCGCUGUCAACGAGCCAAGUGAUGAGGGUUAACUCGGAUAAAUCUAAGUCACGUAACGGUUCAGAGUCCAAGAAGGAAGCAUUAGUUCCCAAAGAAGGAAACACAGCACAUAUUGCUGCUCAGACAUUUUCCUUCCGGGAGCUUGCUGCUGCUACUAAGCAUUUUAGACCAGAGUGCUUGUUAGGUGAAGGAGGUUUUGGCCGGGUUUAUAAAGGCCGCUUGGAGAAUGGACAGAUUGUGGCUGUGAAACAGUUAGAUAGGAAUGGUCUGCAAGGAAAUAGAGAAUUUUUGGUGGAGGUGCUCAUGCUUAGCCUGUUACAUCACCAAAAUCUUGUCAAUCUAAUUGGUUACUGUGCUGAUGGGGACCAACGCUUGCUUGUUUAUGAAUACAUGCCUUUGGGAUCACUGGAAGAUCAUUUACAUGAUCUUCCACCUAACAAAGUACCCCUUGACUGGAAUGCCCGAAUGAAGAUAGCAGCUGGUGCAGCUAAGGGAUUGGAAUACCUUCAUGACAAAGCAAGUCCUCCUGUUAUUUACAGAGAUUUCAAAUCUUCAAACAUCCUCCUCGGCGAAGGAUAUCAUCCGAAGCUUUCCGAUUUUGGAUUAGCAAAACUCGGUCCUGUUGGCGACAACACUCAUGUUUCAACACGCGUGAUGGGAACCUAUGGAUAUUGUGCUCCUGAGUAUGCCAUGACUGGACAGCUAACACUCAAGUCUGAUGUCUACAGCUUUGGUGUAGUCUUCCUUGAACUCAUCACAGGACGGAAAGCAAUCGAUAACACUAGGGCCGCCGGAGAGCAAAAUCUAGUUGCAUGGGCUCGUCCAUUAUUCAAAGACCGGCGCAAGUUUCCAAAGAUGGCAGACCCGUUGCUGCAAGGCCAUUACCCCAUGAGAGGCCUCUACCAAGCUCUUGCAGUCGCCGCAAUGUGUUUGCAGGAGCAGGCAGCAACUCGGCCUCUAAUCGGCGAUGUCGUCACCGCCCUAUCAUACUUAGCUUCGCAAACUUAUGAUCCAAAUGCACCACUCCCCCACACUAGUAGGAUAGGGCCUUCUACCCCAAGGCUCAGAGAAGAUGGCAAAAACCUUCUCAUUGGUUUGGAAAGUAAACAUUCUACAGAUUCACCCAAGUUAAGACAGAGGGAUUCAGUCAAGGUAGAAGCUGUUGGGGAACUUGAGAGCCGGCAAGAUUCACCAAGUUACAGCCCAGUUCUUUUGGGGAAACCAAGAGACUCCGAUCCUGAUAGAGAACGAGCCAUUGCAGAAGCCAAGGUAUGGGGAGAAAAUUGGAGGGAGAGAAAGAAAGGAAAUGCAGGGAAUUUUGAUAGUACAUAUGAAGAAGAAGAAGAAGAUUAUUAGCAUUCAAGCUUUGUUGUGCGCUCCGUACUGUUCAUCUUCCUCUUUUGGCAGCCAUUGAUAGCUUCCCUUUUUGCUCAGUUUCCUCUCUUGUGAAUAAAAUUGUUUACUUGUGUCAAAUCCAUCAUUCUUCUUUCUCUUAGAAUCCUUCAGAUCAGAUCAGAUCUUUCUGUUUCUUGUGGCAUUUGAAUGGAUGUGGUGUCCAUUUAAAUGAUCUGCUUGUCAAUUGGCUUUUGAAGCUAAUGUUGAAGAUGAGAGGGUCUCAUUUUUUGGUGUAUAAUUACAUCUGUACAUUUAGCUCAAAAUCAUGACUAGUGAAGGGAGUUUGCCUUUGCUUCUAAUCUUGCUUGGGAUUUUGUAA